CCUCUCAGGUCCCUAUCCAUUUCUCCCUUUUCUUUUUUCCCAUUUUCAUUUCAUUCUUUUUUCCUCUUGUCCUUCCUGUUUCUAUUUCCUCUCUCCCCAUCCCAUCCUCUUUGUGUCCCUCCUGUCUAUAUUCUUUCUUAAUUCUUCUCUCCCUUCAUCUCUACUUCUGUCCCUAGCCAAACCCCCUUUCUAUCUCCUUCUCAUCUCCAACUCCUCACAGGCCUCACCUUCCCCAGUCCUUAUUGCUCUACUCAUUCUUCCCCUGCCCAAAUCCCUGAGCCAUGAUGUUGUCCCCGAUGGUGGCUGGGGGGGUUGUGUUCCCGGGACUUUUCCUCCUUUCCAAGAACACGCUCCAGAGGCUGCCCCAGCUGCGCUGGGAGGAGGCCGACGCGGUCAUUGUCUCAGCCAGGCUAGUAUCCUCAGUCCAGGCUAUCAUGGCCUCCACAGCUGGCUACAUUGUCUCCACCUCCUGCAAACAUAUCAUUGAUGACCAACACUGGCUAUCCUCAGCUUACACUCAGUUUGCAGUGCCCUACUUCAUCUACGACAUCUACGCUAUGUUCUUGUGUCACUGGCACAAGCACCAGGUCAAAGGUCAUGGAAAGGAUGAGGGAGGGGCUGGCCCCCCAGGAGGCACUUGGGCUGUGGCCCGAGGUUACCUGCACAAGGAAUUCCUCAUGGUGCUGCACCAUGCAGUCAUGGUGCUGGUCUGCUUUCCACUAUCAGUGGUGUGGCGCCAAGGCAAGGGGGACUUCUUCCUGGGCUGCAUGUUGAUGGCAGAAGUCAGCACACCCUUUGUCUGUCUGGGCAAGAUCCUCAUCCAGUACAAGCAGCAGCACACCCUGCUACACAAAGUGAAUGGCACCCUCAUGCUGCUGAGCUUCCUGUGCUGCCGAGUGCUGCUCUUCCCCUACCUGUACUGGGCCUACGGGCAGCACGCAGGCCUGCCUCUGCUCUCCGUGCCCCUCAAUAUCCCAGCCCAUGUCAACCUGGGGGCCGCCCUGCUGCUUGCUCCGCAGCUCUACUGGUUCUUCCUCAUCUGCCGGGGGGCGUGUCGCCUCUUUAGGCCUCGGGGACCCACUCCUCCAGCCCCCCGCCAGCCCCCGGGACUGCACGAUGGGCCCCGGGACUGAGGGGAGGGAGUGGGUGGGGGCACCUACUUCCUCCAGGAAUUGGGCUGGGACUGAUGGGUAGAGAUGGGGACCAGGGGCCUCUCCAGUGGUCCUAGGCCUGGAGGAUAGGGAUGGAGAAAUUGGGGGAAAGCUUCUCCCCAUAAGGCGAUAAAGGGAGCAGGCUGGUAGGAAACAGCUACCUCUCUUGUCCCCAGGGUGCCUGGGACUGAGGGACAGAGGGUUUGGAAUGGCCAAUGCUCUCCUUUGUGUAGGGACUGGGAAAGUGGAAAUUAGGAGGCACCCUCCUGCUUAUAUAACUCCAGGGAUACCCUUUUUUUCCAACUGUAAUCUGCAGGGGGCCUAGAGGAGGGAAAUUAAAGAGGAAGGUGCCGUAUUCCACAGCAAUUUAGGGUAGGAUGGGUUAAGGGGGAAGACUAACAGGAAUUAUAGAGGAUCAAGGAGUAAAUAAAGUAGGGAAGGGCCCUCUCCUUUUUGCCGAGGACACGCCUAUUUCCCUUCCCCAUAUGCUAUAGUCUAGGGGAAGGCAGCUCCUAACCUCAUGCAUCCCUCUGGCUGGGAGAGGUACCCCUAACCUCUUUGUGUCUCACCAAGGGAUAGGUUGGCUACCCCUUAGAGCUAGCUAGCUCCUCUCCUACACAGGCAGCCCAGCAUCUCUCCAGACCCUUAGGGAUUUUAUUUAUUUCCCCAGGUUUGUAUUAGUUUCUUAUGGGGAGGCAGACGUCUACAUGCCACACACCACCACCUGGCCCAGCCUCUCCAGUGCUGAGUGCUCCACCUGGGGGAAGCUGGGGGGAGGGGCUCUUGCGCUCAUUCCUUCAGGCUGUGUAAUUUGGCCUUCUUGCCCUCUCUCACCUGUCCCUGGUGCUACAGACCUCUUGAGGCUUCCUCCAGAUCCCGGAGCAGGGGGAACCUUGGGAGGCGCUAUAUAAAGACUGCUAAUAAAGAUGAGAUCAGCGUGAA